AUCUAACGAAGCAAGUCAAACACUAUGUCGAACAAUCCCAGUGUUAGACGAUGUGCCGGUGUUGCGGUUGCUGCCUCUUUCGCGUUCCUGUUAUGGAAGAGCCGCACAAACGUGCUUGCAUGGAUCCAUUCAAGCCGCGGUCGGCAGACACGGCGAAUGGAGCCAAAGGUAGUCAUCAUUAGCAUGUUCAAAGCCGAAGCCGAAGCGUGGCACAAACGACCGGAACUCCUGGACCUCCGAGUGCGAAAAUUGUUCAUCCCUGGCCUCUCACCAAAGUAUCCUUACGUCCUUAGCACAGCGAAUGGUGAGGUUUGUCAGCUCAUUACUGGCGAGUCGUUAAUAAACGCGGCUCUGGCGCUAUCAACCUUUAUUAAUGAUCCCACCUUCGAUUUGCGGAAAACGUACUUUCUCAUAGCCGGAAUUGCUGGCAUUAGUCCAAAAUACGGCAGCUUGGGCAGUGUCACCCUCGCCAGGUACGCUGUUCAGGUCGAUCUGCAGUACCAGUUCGACGGUCGUGCCAUUCCCGCGGAAUGGAAGAGCGGAUACGUGCCCCAAGGGUGCGCAACGCCAAACGAAUAUCCGAAGAUCAUCUACGGCACUGAGGUUUUCGAAGUGAAUGAAGAGCUGCAGAAGAUUGCUCUCGACUUCGCGAGCCGGGCGUGUUUAGAGGAUUCCGAACGAGCGCAAACAUAUCGACGCGGGUUUGCCCAAUCUCCAAAUGGGAUAUUUGAGCCAGCUACCAGGCCCCCGUUCGUCUUUGCGGGGGAUGUUGCAUCCUCUAACGUCUUUUUUCACGGCCAUCUGCUUUCAGAGACCUUCGAGCAUUCGCUCAAAAUCAUGACCGACGGGAAAGGGCAAUAUACAACCACAGCUCAGGAAGACACCGCUACCUUGGCGGCGCUGGUUCGGGGAGCCGUCUCGCAGCGACUAGACUUCUCACGAGUCAUCAUCUUACGUAGUGCCUCAAACUUCGAUCAACCGCCUGAUAUUGGCUCCAUUCCAGAAAUCCCACUCCAUUUGGGACAUGGUGGGUUAGAGUUAGGUCUGGAGAAUCUCUAUGGUGCAGGCGUGGAGAUCGUACAGGGCAUCCUAAGAGGGUGGAAAGGCCGCUUCGAGGCGGGUGUGAGGCCGAGAAAUUAUAUCGGUGACAUUUUUGGAUCGCUCGGCGGAGAACCGGACUUCGGGCCGGGCCGGUGCGUAGAAGUCGCUUUCUCGUAAGCGAUUGGGGGAUGGUGUCAUAGGUAGUGAACUCGGGCUUCAAUGCUAGUAUCUGUCAAUGCGGAACUCUCCU